AUAGAAAAAUAUAAAAAGGCGGACUUAAAAUCCUUAAAUUAAUUUACUGAGAAGUGUGUUGGGAGAAUAAAUUAAUUACGCAAUAUAGUUUGUGAAAAUACAUAUUAAAUAAAACGUGCAGUUUAUUACGUUAUCUAAAGAAACAAACAUUUAUUUCAAAGCAUAUCGAUCAUUAACUUUUCUUAAAGCACUCGAAACAUAUAGUUAAAGUCUGAUUUUUGUAAAUAGUAAACACAUCUUAGAUGGAAAAGUAUAAGAUAAGGUUAUAUAAAAUACAAAAAAUAUGAGCAAAUUUCAUCGAGUGAAAAUAUUUAUGACAAUUGUUCUCUCAAAUUGUGGGAUUUAAAUGAAGACUAUUUAAAGAGAAGAAUAACGUAAGAUCAAGUAUGUUACUUAUGAAAAAAAAAACGAAGGCCGAACAAAAGAGAAAAUAUCAGGGACGAAAACACAAAUGAUAACGAUUAUAAAAAUAAAGAAAAAAGUGAUGACAAUGACGAAAAAAACGAAGACGAGGGGAAAUCGAUGACGAUAUCAAUGACAAAGUUGAUUUUGAUGACGAAGAUAAUGACGGGAACGACAGAAAUAAGAAUGUGCGUGUGAAAGUUUCAGCGAAUGUAAUACUAAUUCGUAUUGGACUCUCGGAACGACAGAUUCGCCGGAGUUGAGCUAUGUGAAAGUGAUUGUACAGAACUGCUAGAGGACUAAAUACAUUUUUUACAGAUGAAGAGUACAAGAAAAAGUGUAAAAGAUUAUCUUAGGAAACUUGAUCUUUUGUCAUUAACACAGUCUAUUGAAGUGUUGUAAUGAGCUGAAGCUGAUAUGAUAUUGACAAUCUGGGAUAAUCCUACAUCAAUUUGGAUAUCUCACCUGAAGGAAUAUGAAUUUUUGGGAAUUCUAUAUAACCUCCAACUUACAGAACUUAAAUAAAGAAAAACGUAAGAUUCUGCCACAACCCAGUAUAACAUCACAAUUUAUUGGACGCCCUGUACAACCGGCACGUGUGCACACCUGGCACACGUGACAUGCGCACUCGUUCGCAGUUGGCUGAUUAGAUGUUCAGCGCGUCGGUGCGACGGCAGAGUGGUUUGAGAGGCCGAUUCGGAAUACGAGGUGGUUUACAGUUGAACUGCGGAGCACCGCUGCGUUUCUUCACGCUGCCGCCGACGACAAUGAACAACGAGAUCACGAUCGACGACUUUCCCGCUUUGAGGUUGAAGCAUGUUUUCAUUAAAGACGAGGUCGGGCUCUUAAAGAGGAUCAACGCGAUGCUGCAGGGUGGCGCGAACAAUUUGCAGAUAGUUACGGAUUUUGAUCUGACUUUGACCAAGCAACAUAUAAAUGGAACGCAUGUACUUAGUAGUUUCGGCAUGUUCCGGAAUAGCAAGCAAUUACCAACAAGAUACACAGAGGAGGCUAAGCGUUUGUACGCGAAAUACAGGCCCAUGGAGAUAGAUCCGGAUCUGUCUCUGGAUGAGAAAGCAAACGCUAUGCGUGAUUGGAUGUCAGCUGCGCAAAACUUGCUCAAAGGCAUCGAGUUUGACUUUAACGAGAUACAGAAAAUAGCGCAGUCGUAUGACGGAAUCUUACGCGACGGCACUGAAGAGAUAUUUGAAAAGUUGCACAAUGCACACGUGCCGAUUGUAGUGUUUAGCGCCGGCUUGGGCGAUAUGGUGGAAGCUGUGUUGAGGUACCACAAUGCUCUCUACGAUAAUGUAAAAAUAAUCUCCAACUUUCUCAAAUAUAACGGAAGUCACUUGGAUGGAUUUAAGAACGACGUGAUCAUUCACGCGUACAACAAGAAUAAGUGUGCGCUUAAGAAAGAUUAUUUGGAGAUGCUCGGAGAAAAGCAAAAUGUAUUAUUGAUGGGCGAUACGAUUGGCGACGCCGACAUGGUAGAAGGAAUGGGAGACACCAAGACAGUGUUGAAAAUAGGAUUUCUUUAUGAGCACGUGGAAGCUAGCUUAGACAUGUUCAUGGAGAAAUUCGAUAUCGUUCUUGUCGACGAUCAAACAAUGCAAGUACCGAAAGAAAUAUUGCAUAGUAUCUUGCAAUGAUGUUCUGAUAAUGAUUGAUAUUACAGUUAACUUACGCCUAUGUAUAUAUAGGUUCAAUUUAAGAGAGAAAGUACAUGGAUCUUUUAUAUAUAUACAACUUUGUAAAUGUAAAGAUUGUUCAACGCUUUAUAUUUGUUUUGUUUUGGAAAUUUUGUUCUAUUAUAAAGAAAUUAAUAUAUUUUUUAACAAUAUAUUAGAUAAACUACAAAUUAUAGUGACCUAUAGAUACAGAAAUUCAUUACAGAGAUGUUUCAAAUAAACCAAUUUUUAAUGAUUCAAUAUUUUAAAAGUGUAUUUUUAAUGUUAUAAAAUUAAGUAUAUUGCUCCAACGUGUGCAUACUACAUCGUACUAUAUAUAAUAAUAUCGAUUAUGAUAUCUAAUACGCGAUAAAGCCAGACAACUGUAAUCUGCGAAAUCUGAGCACCGCUACGAACGAUUAACUGCGACUUGAUACGAUCUCUGAUAGUCGAUGCUCAAACACGAAAUAGCAUAGCAUCAAUUUUUGUGCUGAAUAUAUCCCACGCUACUAAUUUCAUCGUAAGUAUUUUAUCGCAAUAACUGGUCUUUGUCAGUUCCUUCUAAAAUAUUACAAUGAAUUUUUUAGUUCAACGUGCUGUCAAGAAUUAUUUCGCAAGUUAAUUUUAAUGUUUAAUCUCGUGUAUUGUAAAUGAAUUUAAUCUUAUGUAUUUUUUUUAAUAUGUUAAUUAUUUUGUGGUAUACACUAUAAUUAUAAAAAUAUCUGAAAUAUAUUGAAUAUCUUUAAAUAUA